AUGGCUUCCACGUCGGCAUCGGGGGUACAUCGGUACAUGGCCUCGCUCUGGACGACUGCGGCGACUCGGCGCCAUGGGCAGACACAGAGCUCCAGCGCUGACAUUGGCGACGCCGAGGCCGCACAUGCUCAUAUGUCGCUGCCCGCAGAUUCAGCUUCCCUUGUGAGUCCGCGCCAACACACAUUUGAAAGCGAACUUGCACGCCUGCAGGGUGAUAUUGCUGCGUCCCGCCAGCGCGUUCAGGCCGGAGCACAACCCGUCAUUUCUCGUCGCCCCGAGAUCAGGAUGGAAGACCGCUCUAGCUUGGCCGUUUCACCUGCAAGCAGCCGAGUUUUCCCGCCCCCACCUCGCCCACAGGAGCAUGGGACUUUUCAAAGCAGUUCAAAGGCUUGCAAAGCGAAUUUUGAGACCCAGGCUGCGCCCGAAGCGCUUAGCUUUAUCGCAGAUGAGCUGGAGCGGGAGCGUCUGGAGCUUGUGCGCGCGCGCCAGCGCUUGCAGACCACACUGAGCCAUCAGCCAACCGCAGCAUCAGUAGAGAGGCGACAGCUUGGCAGCUCUGCCCCGCGAACACAAGCCCCGCUGCCCACAGACGCACCCCGUCGCCCUCUGCUCAGUCGAACCAGUCGGACAGGUCGUGAGCAGCCCGACCCUCUGCUCGCCAGCAGCCUAACUUCAACAACGACCAGUUGGCGGCACCGUUCUACUAGUAGCCGCGUGGCGUGGAAAGAGCCAAUCACAGAGUCUGCCCCCUCACUACGAGGCACUCCGUCGCCGCGUCCAACAAGUGCCCAGACGCAUGGCGACGCGUGCACAAAGGCAGUGUCCUCAAACGCCUUGAGUGCGCACAACUCUGUCCGCUUCUCCGCCAUUGGCCUGCGUGACUCCUCCGAAGCCGUUCCCGUUGAUGAAGAGCUCAUUGACGAGGAAGUACCUGUUGCCUCGAUGCAUGCGUCCUCAUCUUCACCUCGUCAAAGUGUGGGCGCAAGACCCCCUUCGUCGUCGUCCGUUGGCAUCACCCACGCCGUCAGCGAUGACACAAGUCUGUUGUCGGCAUCAACAUCGCAAGCCCUGCCCGUGCCUUCCCCUGCUGUUCCUGCCAAAGCGACAACACCAGCGACUGUUGACACCGCGUCAGUGAAGCCCCGUGCUUCAACCUCGCAUAGCCGACCGAGGGCUUCGAGCAGUGCAGCUGCUACCCUGCGGGGCGUGCAAGACGUGGUUCGCCGUCAAAAAGACCCUCCCCAAGCCUGGCAAUCAGCGAAUCAAUCUGUGCCAGUCGAGCGCGAGACACCCAUCUUGCCGUCAAAGACUAGCCUUGCUUCCCCAACCCCGGCCUCUUUGGAGGCUGCUCAUGCGCCUUCGUCAGAACGAAAUGCUCGGCUUGAAGCUGCAGGCAUAUUAGUGGAGCGCAUGCAGCAAACUCCAAAAGAUAAGCGUGCAGCCCAGCAUGAAAGUCAGCGGCGCGCUCAUGAGAAUCACGCCUCCCGCACGGAACCUCAGCCACGUCAUGCACGAACGUCCGUACUGGUUAACUUUUCUCGCGCCAACCGACGCGAGUCCACACCGUCCAUCCCGCAGGAACACCGCCCUUCGGCUCGAUUGGCUGGUGGAGGACCGAGCUCCGGUGACUCACAGGUACAGUCGGCGACACAGCCGAAGUGGCUUGCCCACGGAGUUUUGCCAGCGCGCCAACCCCUCCAAGACGAGAUUUCCCAGCGGAUCGCAUUGCUGCACGCCAGCCCACCAAAUCCCACCAGCGAGGCAGAAGCCUCCCCUUCCGACCCCAACCAAACUCCAUCCGAGAAGGAGGAGUUUACUGGAUGGCGUGGUGCCCAGGGGCCACUGCGACGCCGUCGAUCUUCAGUCACUGCCCAUCAGCAGCAAUCAUCACUCCUCAAGGACCGAACGCCCCGAGAGAUGGCUCGAAAUACCCGCGCUGGUGGGACCAAAUCAAGCGUUACCCCUCUACCCUGCUCAGAUCCGGGCCUGGCGCCUGCUUCAUCGCCUUUCGACCAAGCAAAAGCCCAGGCACCCACACGGACAGGGUUGAACCUACUGGACCUUCCAUACGAAGUCCUUUUGCGCAUUUGCUCGUGGUUGGACCGACCCGAGCUACUGGCUCUCCGUGCCACGUGCACACGUUUGGAUCAAGUCGUCCAGCCGCUCUUACGAGGGGGGCCACUUAAGCUUAUCAGUCGUAAAAUCACACCUGCCAUCCUGUCCCGCAUCUUGGAGCGUCAUCCUUCUGAGCUGGCGUUUGUCCGGUGCAGCCUUCCUGCCUCCACUGAGACGGUGGAGUUUUUCCGCGCAGCCGGAUCUCAGCUGCAUGGACUGGAGCUGGAGUGUUGCUACUGUACAUGGUCCGAAGUCUUACCGACAGUCAUGAUGUCGUGUCAGUCCUUGGAGCAGCUGAAUCUGAGCUGGAACCGGGCCAUUGACGACGCUAGCCUCGAGUGCUUGAAAAAGAGCCCGGCCAAACUCUAUGGCUUGCGCCUUGCGGGUUGUCGCGGCUUUUCGGUGGCCGGACUUCGCCGUCUAACUACAGAGAGCGCCUGCCUAUCUGGUCUGCGAUAUCUCGAUCUCUCUCAUUGCUUGCACGUCGAUGACGAGUUUGCUCGCGUUGUUGCCAAUCUUCCACGCCUUGAGCGUCUUGAACUAAAUGGCUGUUUCAAGUCAAUCGUGUCUGAGGUUGGUGACUCGGUGCCAUCUCUUAUCGAUUGA